AUGAGUUUGUCAUUGCUCAGGAGAAGGAAGUUAUUAUUAUCGGUAUUCAGCAACCCUAGAGCUCCCCCGCCGCAAUUUUGCAGAGAACUCACCUCUCUUUCGUUCUUAUUUCAUACCCUAGAAAACCCAUGUCGCCAAAACCCUCAAUCACUAAACCCUUCGAGGGUUUGGCAGUCCGUCGCGUCAUUUUCGACCCAGUCUUCCAAAUUCCCCGAGUACGAGAUGCCUUCAGUCACUUGGGGCGUGAUUCAGGGAAAGAAAGAGAAGCUUGUCAAUCGUGUCAUUAUAUGUGAUUAUCUCAAAAGUUUGGGGAUUAUCCCUGAUGAGCUGGAGAGUCUGGAGCUUCCUUCCACGGUCCAGGUUAUGAAGGAGCGAGUCGAGUUCUUGCAGAGGUUGGGAUUGACCGUUGAUGAUUUCAAUGAGUACCCUUUGAUGCUAGGUUGCAGUGUCAGGAAGAACAUUAUCCCUGUAUUGGGUUACUUGGAGAAGAUUGGGAUAAGUAGGUCGAAACUUGGCGAGUUUGUGAAGAGUUACCCGCAAGUGUUGCACAUGAGUGUUGUAGUUGAGCUUAUGCCUGUUGUUAAGUUCCUUCGUGGGCUUGAUGUCGAAAAGCAGGAUAUUGGAUUUGUUCUUCAAAAGUAUCCAGAGCUUCUUGGGUUCAAGCUGGAAGGGACGAUGAGCACUUCUGUGGCUUUUCUUGUUAGUAUUGGUGUUAGUCCAAGAGAUAUUGGACCAAUGGUGACACAGUACCCUUACUUCUUGGGGAUGAGAGUGGGAACUGUGAUCAAGCCGUUUGUUGAUUAUAUGGUUUCUUUGGGUUUGCCUAAAAAGAUUGUAGCCAGGAUGUUGGAGAAGCGGGCUUAUAUUCUCGGAUAUAAUCUUGAAGAAACUAUGAAGCCGAAUGUAGAUUGUUUGAUAAGUUUCGGGGUUAGGAAAGAAGCACUUGCUUCAGUUAUAGCGCAGUACCCACAGAUUCUCGGGGUGCCUUUGAAAGCUAAGCUAUCUUCACAACAAUAUUUCUUUGGCUUGAAGCUCAAGGUAGAUCCAGAAGGGUUUGCUCAAGUGAUCGAGAAGAUGCCUCAGAUUGUUAGCCUUAGUCAACAGGUUAUACUAAAACCCGCUCAGUUUCUUCUGGAGAGGAGUAUCCCGCCUCACGAUGUUGCCAAGAUGAUUGUGAAAUGUCCACAGGUGCUUGCAUCAAGGGUUGCACUCAUGAAGAACAGCUUCUACUUUUUGAAAAGUGAAAUGGGACGGCCAAUCAAGGAGCUUGUCGAUUUCCCUGAAUACUUCACUUAUGGGUUGGAGUCCAGAAUCAAGCCCAGAUAUCAGCUGGCGAAAAGCAAAGGCAUCAGGUGUUCACUGGAUAGCCUCCUCAACUGUAGCGACCAGAUGUUUGAGGAAAGGUUGCAGGAUGGUUGUCUUGAAUCAGAGACUGUAGGUCCUUCUUUCGAUAUGGGCGGGAAGUUACAGUUACCAGGAAGAUAUGAGAUUGUAUCAGAAUCGGACGAGGAGGAUGAGAGUGAUAACGAAACAGUACUCUAUCGGCGCACUGUUUCUCUGUAG